AUGAUGAAAAAUUACCCUAAGGCACACUCAACUCAGGUUACAGUUUCUUACCCCAGAAGGAAUGAGGAGGAACAUUUCUUUGAUGUGGUGGACGGCGAAUCUGUUAAUUCUGAUAAGGAAGAACAUGAAAUUUUGUCCAGUUGCUCAGGGUCCGUUGAAGAUCCUUCUUUGUUUAUUGAAAUCAUGCCCAAUCUUCUUUCAACGCCGGUUGAUAAGUGGUGCAAUCAGAUCUCGUAUGCUUCAGACGAAUAUAACUCCGAUAUUUUAUCAACUGAAAACCAAGAGGAUUCUCAAUCAAUAUCCUCAUAUGAGCUGAAUAUUAUUGAUUUAUUGACUGGAAGUAAGUCCGAUUACCUACAAAAGUAUACAGAUACCGGAGCUUCCAUAUUUUUACACAUGGGCUAUUUGCAUUCUACAUUCGAAUCAUUACCCCCUUCUCAACUAAAAGCUAUGAAAAAGCUCUCCAGAAUUUUACAGCCAUAUCUUUCUCGCUGUCGUACAAAUAUUCGUCGUAAUACGAAAUAUCAAUUCAGGCCAAUUCCAUCAGUUUUUUGGGAAGGUCCAAAUGAUUUAGACCAGAUACAUCAUCAAGAGCGAUUCUCAGAGGAUACCAACGCCUACUUAGAGAGUAUCCAAUCUAAAGCUUCCAUUUCUGUAGAAUCGUGGCUAAGCCGAUCCCUCUCUGCUAACACUAUUGGGCCCUAA